AUGUUGUGCCCCCGCUGCUCGGUCGUUCAGCAGAAGCGCAACUGGCGGCCCGCGCAAUGGAGGUCUUCUGACCCCUACAUUCAUGGAAAUUUGGGCUGUAAGCAGUGCGGGUGUGCUUCUGACGAGGAGAUUGACACGCACUUGGCGCGGGUGGGCCGGCUGCUGUCUUUUGCGGCGCCGCACCAAGGCUGGCUUGACUCUUGGAUGGAGCGCUGGAGCAAUUUGGGGCGCAGCACCAUCAAGUAUUUGAGCCAUCAUGGGACGCUGCAGUGCCGACCUGGGGCAGAAGCAGAAGACCCGGGCACCUUGCCACCAUUGCUUGUGAUACGCAAUGCCGCUUUGGCGCUCGCUCUCCGCCUCAUUUGGCCCACGCACGGGCGGUGGUUGACCAAUGCGGUGACGGCCGGCGACUACAUCGAGGCGAUUUUCGGGGUGACGAACAUCGUCGGCACUUGGACCGGGUUUUCGCGCUUCGUGGCCGUGAUGGUGAUGAACCUGCGGUUCCUGGUGCGGUCGCUGCCCUUCACCACGUCGCAGCUCCUGCAGAAGAUUUGGACCUACUCCGACCUCUGCGAGAUGGUGAAGAGCGUCGACCUUGCGACUCGCCGCCGGGCUGCUGCCGCUGGUUGGUGA